ACCGAUACCUAUAGAGGUAUAUAGAUAUACCGUAUAGAUAGAUAUAUGUUAAGAGAUAUUAUUAUACAAACCUUUCACCGACGGGAAAUGAGAAGAUAGAUAGAUGACAUAUAUACAGAGAUGAAAAUCACGGUAAACGUAUAUUCCUAUCUGAUAAGAUCGAUAUGAGAUUAAAUUAAAUAUUUCAUUAAAUUCAGUCCAAUUCAUAAUGUUCACGAACGAAUUGAAUUGAGUAAAAUGUACUUAGAUCGAGAUUUGCCUGCUUUUUCUGGGACUUACUGUAAUACAAUAACUAUGUUGAAUUCAAAUGAAUGAAAAUUGAUUUAUUGAUGUUCAAUACAAAAUUUGAAAUUUUAGAAAAUAAAGAUAACAGGUAUAUAAUUGUGUUCCGAGCAAAAGUACUAAUAUUUCACCGUGAAACAUUUCCACCUUUAAUAGUACACACAAUGCCAUCUGUACUGGUUUAAGAUUUGUACAAAGCGCCAUUUUGCUAUGGAGAUAUUUUAAAGUUUAGAUAAACACAUACGUAACACAUAAAAAACAGUUUCCACAGAUUCCUGACAAUCAGACAAAUUUGUUGAAUAUGUGUAUUUUGUCAGACUAGAGUAUAUAGAACUGACUAACCAGGUAUACUUCGGAUUACAAAACACCUGUCACAUUAAGAGUUUUUACACAUAAGACAUUUAUAUCGACAGUGUUAAAUUCACGUAUGUUUAAUCUCUUUUGAAGUAUUCUGACGAAUUAUGAUAAUUUUUUUAGAUUUUUUGCCCACUCGUAUCGAAGGCGAUAAAUCACGCAAGAAACCCGCCGUGCGCGUGCCACAAGAGCAGGUGAUCGGAGCGACACAGGUUUACGAUCUGAGCACAAAGCCACCUGCUGAAGCGGUCGCCUUAGUUGACACUCCGCAGCGCGCGCUGCAGGCGCGCGGGGGUGAUCCCGCCAAGGGCAGUCAAAGGAGCCCUAGCAGUCCAGCAGAACCGCCAAAAAUCUUUGAAAACUUUCCUUGGCAGACACCCAUGUAUCCUGGAAUCACGCCCCACUUUUCGCCAUAUCUUCCCAUGGGUUUAAGACUUCCGUCACUUCCAGGAAUGCCGACCAAUUUCCCGCUCCUGUCUUCCAUGGCUGACCCACUCCAUAGAAAGGCGUUUCCAGAUCCUGUUAUGGCGUAUAGCUCCUUAAGAUCUCUGUUUCCUCCUCAUCAAUUUUUCCCACCAUCACCUUUCGGAUACCCUGCCCAUCCGGAAAAACAAUUUGGACACGAAAUUCCGUUAAAGAGUCCAGACACUAAUAUCUUAAGUAGCAGUAUGGAAUCCUCAGCUUUCGAUCCAGUAGUUUCUAAAUAUAGCCUUUCUCCGACAGUAUCUCCGAUGGAACUCGACCUUUCUGGGGUCGGGAAAAGGAAACUCCGCGAAGGAGAACCAACACGCUACCAAUGUGACGGUUGCAACAAAAGUUAUUCCACAUUUAGUGGACUUUCCAAACACAAACAAUUCCAUUGUUCUAGUCAAGUCAAGAAGGAAUUCAGCUGCAAAUAUUGUGAAAAGACCUAUGUUUCUCUUGGAGCUCUCAAAAUGCACAUAAGGACACAUACGCUACCUUGCAAGUGUAAACUAUGUGGAAAAGCUUUUUCCCGUCCGUGGCUCCUCCAGGGUCACAUUCGGACUCAUACGGGUGAAAAACCGUUCCGGUGUGAUCAUUGUGGGCGCGCAUUUGCAGACAGGUCCAAUCUAAGAGCUCAUUUACAGACCCACUCGGAGGUCAAAAAGUACAGCUGCAAAAGAUGCAGUAAGACUUUCUCCCGAAUGUCUCUUCUUCUCAAACAUGAAGAUAGCUGUUGCGGUAGCUUAGUGCAAUAACCCAUAGACUGAACUGUAAUAAUUGUUUUUUAAUAUUAAUUAAUUUAUUGACUAUAUACACGUGACAAAUUUGUCAUUUAUUUAUUGGCGGUAGUCUCCGAUUGGUGCCCUACCGAUGUCACUUGAGACUACUAAUGAAGACUUUCAAGAGACUUAAAAAGUUUUUAAAGGGACUUGUGCAAAAAUGUGGUCAUUGUUCUUCGUGGUGGAUUAAAAGUGGAAGAUUACUACAAAGUGCUUAAAAAACGAAUCAAUGAACAAAUACAAGUCUUGUGUGAAUGAACAUGGGGAGAAUAAUCUGUUUUAACGUCGCCCCGAGAUAAUGAAUAUCUGGUAUUUUUCAAAUUAGUGAAUUUAAACUCCAAUUAGAAUCUGAUUGAAAGAUUUUAAUCUCUAUUCGUUAACGACCCAACUCUCCCGAAGCUUCGAUCCGCAGUUGACUAUAAUUGUUCAAAAUGUGAUAUUAAAGCGAUAAUUUCUUUAUUACUGCC